GGACCUGGCGCUGCCUGGCCGGGCGGCCUGACUGUCGGGCAGGCACCGGAGGGCUGACAUGGCCCGGGCCUGGCCCUGGGUCUCCCUGUUGCUGUGCCUGCUGCAGUUCGCUUCAGGGAAGCCCCGUUUGGCCCCUCCUCAGAAUGUGACGCUGCUCACCAAGGACUUCUACAUGUACCUGACUUGGCUCCCGGGCCCCGGCAACCCCCAGAAUGUGACCUAUUCUGUGCAGUACCAGAGCGUUUCAGAAACCAAGUGGCACAACGUGAAGAGUUGCAGAAGAACCACAGCACUGAACUGUGAUCUGACAUGCCUGAAGUCCCUGGACGAGUAUAAUAAGUUCAAAGCACAAGUGCGGGCUAUUUCUGCCAGGUCGAAGUCGCACUGGGUGGAAUCUAGGUUCUUGGAUUACUUCUUUGAAGUGGAGCCAGCCCCACCUGUCCUGCUCAUCAGUCAGGCAGAAAAUUUCCUGAACAUCAAUGCCACGUACCGGCUGCCCUCUUGCAGCAUCGACUUGGACCUGAACUAUCAGUUGGCUUUCUGGAAGGAGGGGACAGAGAACAAGACCCUCCUUUCAGAUUCCCCAGUCCAGAUUCCCCUCGCACCACUUGCCAAAGGGAACUACUGCCUGAGUGCCAGAACCAUCUAUGUCCACAGUGACAUCAAAUACAGCAGCUUCUCCAAACCCACCUGCAUCUUUCUGAAGGACCCAGUGGCCACCUGGGUGUUCCUGCUGCUACUGCUGCCCGUGCCACUGGUCAUCGCCAUAGGGGGUGUGGUCUGGAAGAACUUCACAGGGAGCUGCUGGUCUGAGAGGGUGAAGAUGCCCCAAACCCUGGACUUCUCUGGACACAGACCCACCGUUGUCACUUUGCCACCCAGCAUCCUUGAAUCCCUGGAUAAAUUGAGUCUCCAUCCCCAGAAGGAACUGAGCAUCAGGGCCAAGCUGAGUGCUCAAGGCAGGAGCCCAGUGAGCACUCAGGCAUGGACAGAGAAGGGUAGCGCCAAGGGGGUCAACAAGGAGGAGGAGGAAGAAGUCACCGAUGAAGAUGACGACAAUGACAGCAUCUACUUCCAGCCCUACAUUUUGCCACCCCAACUGCCAGAGCACUCAGAGCUCGGGGACUGGGGGACUCCACCACUCCUAGCAGAUAAGCCCCCAGCCUGGGAUUCUUCGUCCUCCUCUUGGACCAGGACUGAGUCCUCUGGCUAUCUCUCCAAGGAGGGGUCGGGCCAGAGACUGGGGAGGGAGGAGUCUCCGGAGCCCCUCCUGCUCCCCAAAGACUCCGAGGACUCAGAUUCCCUGGAGGAGCCCCUGAAAGAUGAGCUCAGCUCUUGGGUGAGCUGCGGUUCCUUAUUGCCAGGCUGGACUCUGGACCUUGAGGAGCCCCAGGUUUGUCUGCACACACUGAGCAUCCUCAGCAGCACUGGGGAGGAGGAGGAGGGAGAGGAGGAAGAGGAGAGCGGGCUGGACUCUGACAGUGAAGACUGUGGAGCCAGCAGCUGGGAGAUUAAGAGCCCCCAGGAGACUGAAACCAGGGGUCAGGCUCUGGGGCAUUACAUGGCCAGGUGAGCUGUGCCCUGCUUCCCUCCUGUUCUGCGGCCACCAGGGCUGCUGAGCUUUCCAAGGACCACGAGGCUCGGGAAUAGCUUCACUGGGGUGGCCAAAGGUUCUCACAGCUCUUUGGGGAACCCCCAGAGGCUGCUUGUCAGCGGGAUGAUGGUAAGGAAUCACCCUGCUUAGGGCUGGGCUCUAAGAGCAGUCAAGAGAAGACUGGGCUGAUGUCAGAGGCGGCUAGGCCGCAGGUGAAAGCACUUUCCUGGGGUGAAAGGUCAGGUGAAUGAGCGCUCCGUGGACAAUGUGAAGCAGCUGAGGUCAGGUCACAGUGGACAUCAGGCACCUUCCAGGAAUUGAGAGAGCAGGAAAUUUGAGGCGCAUCUCACUCUCUCUCAAAUCUCAGCUUCCUGACCCAUGCAUUCCCUGGGUGGGCCCCAAAAGGCAAGUAGAAGGUGCUGAAAGGGGAAGGGGAGAAUUUUGACCUCCAGCCACGUGUCUGAGUCUUGGAAUCACAGUGUUUACGUCAUAUACUGGACCCCAGUUCCAGCUCUGCCAGGACCCCCUGUGGCCCUCUUUCUUUUUUUUUUGUUUUUGUUUUUGUUUUGGGUGUUUUGUUUUGUUUUGUUUUGUUUUUAGGACUACACUUAGUGGUGCUCAGGGCUCACUCCUGGCAGACUCAUAUGGGUUCUGGGGAUCAAAACCAGGUCAGCCGUUUGCAAGACAAACACCUUAUCUGCAGUCCCGUAGCUCCGGCCCCUGUGCCUUGGUCUCUUCACUAAGGUUCCUUCACUGCCACCUGGGGUGUUGUGAGAGUCAAGAGAGUACAGAAGAGAAAGACAAAGAUGGGAUGCUUGUAACCUGCAUAUUGUGGGUGUCUGUGUAGUGGCCUUUGGGUCCUCCCUCUGCCCAGGCUGGGAGGCGGCCACAGGGUCUUUUGCAUUGGAGCCCCCUGAGCUCAGACUGAGGGGAUGCAGCUGCCUUGGCAUAUGUCUCCCUUCUGUGCUCACUGUCCCAUCUCAGAAACCUGGGGAAUCAGGGCCCAACUAAGGGAGCCCAAGUCCCUCUCCCUUUUCCCUGCAAAAAGACAAAUGUCAACCUUCCAGAAGGUGCAUUCAUGGAGGUGGGCUCACAGGCAGUAGGAAACUGGGAUUCCUGGGCUUCGGGUCCUGUUUUAGCACUUCAGACCUUUGGUUGAUGCUAGGUUUCACUCUCCGUCCUCGUAUCUCUGGAAAUAAUAUGUCACUGCCCCAAACUGGGGCGAGUGACUCAACUUCUCAAACAGGUGCUUUAGUAACAGCCUCCCACCCAGUUGUCUGUGAGCACACAACCACAGAUGAACAUGGUUGAACUUUCACC